ACUGUUGCUUCCGGUUCAGAAUCUGGAAGUUGAUAUUCUACCCUUCCCCCACUUCGCUCCGGUCUCCCCGCUCCUGUCUGGUCGCCGCCGCUAAAAUCGGAGCCCCGCCCCCUCCGCUAGUCUCCAGGUAGUGGGAGGCGGGGCUAUGGAGACGGAAUUUUACGGCGGGGAGCAAUCAGAUGGCACAUUGUGGGACCCAGAAGAUGAGUCUCUGAGCCACAGGUUGCAUCCUGCAGAAAGUGAUUCAACAUCAGUGCUUGCCAAGCCAGAUGAUGGUGGAGCCACUCCAGUACAAGAUGAGCGUGAGUCAGGAUCAGAUGGGGAAGAUAACGGAAAUGAACAACACUCUGGAUCAGAAAAUGGAAGCAUAGGACCACAGUCAGAGGUAAAUGAACUCAGUGAUGGAGAAGAUGACAGACAAACUGGAGGACAUCCCAUGUCAGAUUCUGAAAAUGAAGACACUCCAAGGCAAAAACAUAGUGAUUCAGAAAACGAGGAUGCCCCAAAUCACAAUGCCAGUGACUCAGAAAAUGAAGGGGCUCCUAAAGACAGUGACUCUGAUAAUGAGGAUCGCCCAGUUCAACAUGCUAGUGAUUCUGAGGAUGCUGUAAAUAACCAGGCCAGUGAUUCUGAGAAUGAGGAGCCUCCUAAAGGUCACGAUAGUGAUUCCGAAAAUGAGGAACCCCAGAAGCACUUGGCCAGUGACUCUGAAAAUGAGGGAUCACAGAAAGGUCAUACGAGUGACUUGGAAAAUGAAGAGCCCCAGAAACUUCCCACCAGCGACUCAGAAAAUGAAGAGCCUCAAAAAACUCAUGAUAGUGAUUCAGAUAAUGAAAUGGUUCCAAAACCUCUUGUCAGUGACUCUGAAAACGAGGACUUAAAGGGACAGCCCAGUGACUCUGAAACUGAAGAUGUUUCCACAAACAAACAGAAAACCGAGUCGGGGGACAGUGAUCGAGAAACUAAGAAAGAGGAGGAAAUGGAAAAUGGUGCUCAGCUUUCAGACAGCGAACAACUAGGAAAAAGAAUGCAUGGCUCUGACAGUGAGGAAGAAAGCAGUCCUAAAAAACGGAAGAUAGUAGACAGUGAUGAGGAAGAAGGGAAGGAGGAAGAAAAAGGGGCAAAGAGGAAAGCUGCUGUCCUCUCUGAUAGUGAAGACGAAGAUGAGAAAACUCCUGUGAAAAAGGGACGCAUAAUCUCAGAUGGUGAAGAAUCAGAUAGUGAUGCUGCAUCGGAGAAAUCUGAGAAGCAAAAGAAACCUGUCGCCUCAGAUAGUGAGGAUCAGGAAGAUGAGGACAAGACUGAUUCUGGGAAGAAAAAAGAAGAGAAGGAUCUUUUUGGGAGUGAUAGUGAAUCAGGAAAUGAGCAAGAAAACCUUAUUGCAGAUAUAUUUGGAGAGUCUGGAGAUGAGGAGGAGGAGGAGUUUACAGGGUUUAACCAGGAAGAUUUGGAAGAAGAGAAAGCGGAAAGGAAGGGAGUGGCGGAUGAUUCGGACUCUGAUGACAAUAUCAAAAGAGGAAAGCACAUGGACUUCAUGUCCGAUUUUGACAUGAUGUUACAACGGAAGAAGAGCAUGAGCGGCAAGCGUCGGCGCAACCGGGAUGGCGGGACGUUCAUUAGCGAUGCUGAUGAUGUAGUCAGCGCUAUGAUCGUUAAGAUGAACGAAGCAGCAGAGGAAGACAGAACGUUAAAUACCCAGAAGAAACCAGCACUUAAAAAAUUAACUUUGCUUCCAACAGUAGUUAUGCACCUUAAAAAGCAGGACUUGAAGGAGACAUUCAUUGACAGUGGUGUAAUGUCAGCUAUCAAAGAAUGGCUUUCUCCACUACCAGACCGGAGUCUUCCAGCACUGAAAAUUCGAGAAGAGCUUCUGAAGAUUCUUCAAGAGUUGCCUAGUGUGAGCCAAGAGACUUUAAAGCACAGUGGGAUUGGGCGAGCAGUGAUGUAUCUCUACAAACACCCAAAGGAAUCACGGCCCAACAAGGACAUGGCAGGGAAACUAAUUAAUGAGUGGUCUCGGCCUAUUUUUGGUCUAACAUCAAACUACAAGGGAAUGACAAGAGAAGAAAGAGAACAGAGGGAUCUCGAACAGAUGCCGCAGAGAAGGCGGCUGAGCAGUUCUGGUGGUCAGACGCCCCGCAGGGACUUGGAGAAGGUGUUAACAGGCGAGGAGAAAGCUCUUAGGCCUGGAGAUCCAGGAUUUUGUGCUCGUGCAAGAGUUCCAAUGCCCUCCAACAAGGAUUAUGUGGUCAGACCAAAAUGGAAUGUGGAAAUGGAAACUUCCAGGUUCCAGGCAAGCUCUAAGAAAGGAGUCAGUCGACUGGACAAACAAAUGCGGAAGUUCACAGACAUCAGGAAAAAAAGCAGAACGUCCCAUGCUGUCAAAAUCAGCAUUGAAGGCAAUAAAAUGCCUUUGUGACCUUGCCCACCAUCUCUUUGGAAUUCUGCUGUAAGAAGUACACCUAUAGACUCUGUGAAGAUGUCUAUAUUUUUAAAAAACAAACUUUGGGUUUUUUUAAGUGUCUCUUCAAAAUGUUGGUUCAAAGGGUAGUAAUACACGUUGGCUGAGGGCUGUGAACCCUGGGACGUUCAUUAUGAUUGUAUUUAACUUUGAUCUCGUGUGUCCUUUGUACAGAUGAAACCUUGUAUUGCUACAGACCUCAGACAUUAAAAUCUCUUUCUGAUGUG